AUGCUCUUUCACAUCGUCUUAAGUCUACUCCCUGCCGCCAUCACAGCGGCAACAGCCAACAAGGGUAUCAACCCGAGUGACACCUGCUACAGCCCCGCGGUGACCUCAACGCCCUCAACAGAUAACCGCCAGACACCAUGGGGCUCACCGAGUGUGCACUUCUCCUCAUUGAACGGCACACUAACCACGUGCUGUGACUCGCUGGACGAGAUCCGCACCGCACUCGACGAUAUCGACGAUCAGCUACUCAUUCUUUUAAACCAGCGAGCCGCGUAUGUUCGUGAAGCAACCCGUUUCAAAUCCACGCGCGAGGCUGUCAAUGAUCCCGAGCGCAAUGAGGCUGUGAUACAGCAGGCAGAGCAGCAGGCGGUUCAUAUUGGGGUGCCGGUGACGAUUGCGCGGGCUGCUAUGGAGGCUAUAUUGGACUCUAGCGUGGCUUUUGAGCAGUGUAUUUUUGAUACUUUUGAUCAGUAG